AUGUCUCCAACGACCAUCUCCACCAUCCCAGAAGAGCUCCGCCAAGAAAUCAUCAGCUACCUCAACUACGACGACGCCUGGUCCCUGAAAAAAACAUCCACCCUCUUCUAUCGCGUCGUCGAAAUUCCAACCAUCAAAAGUUUCCUAGCUUACCCAUACGGGCCGUCGUUAGGCAUGCUCGAGGAAUGGCAAAUCAUACCGCAAGGCUAUGAAACGUGCUUCUACUGCAACCGCCUCCUGCAGAAGGAACAUUUCAGCCGCUUCCAGCGCCAUCUAACGGCAGCCAGACACCACACGCUCUGCUUCAACUAUGCCACCUGGAACCCAGCGCAACACUACUGUCUCGACUGCGGCGUCAGACAUCACCACUACCCAGGCGGCAAGAGAAUCUACGUCGGUUUCGGAGAUCCCGGAUACAAAGACGAAGCCGUCAUGCCUUGCGAACAUUGCGGUACCCUGGUCGACUACGAGCCAUGGGAUUUCAGAUUCUGUCCCGAGUGCAAUGGACUCCUUGGCGCCGACGAACUUAGGUCCCGAUGGAUUCACAACACAUCCUCAUCGGACUCGCAUCUGGAAACGGAGGUUGCAGGUCAUGAGAACCAGUCUGAAGAAGUCACGGAGCCUGAGAGCAAGGCUCAUGAGGAUGCUGAACCGGGGUCUUUGUUGGCUUUGAUAGGCGAGCGUCUGCUCUUCUAA